AUGAGCGGUGUUUUCGGGAAGCGUUUGAGAAGUGCGGCGACGCGGUCGUUCGCUGUUAGUAAUUUGGAGAGUUUUAGAGGAGGGUUGAUGAGUAGUGAGCUAGCCAACCGGUGGGCGCCAGCAGCAGGUUGGGCGAGGUCGUUUUUCACGUCCUCGUCCAAGCGCUCGGGCGACGCCUCCGAAGGUGGGUCGAGCCGAAUUUCCCUGGAUUUGAACCAACGGUCCGGGGAGAUCAAGCCAGAGCUGGUAAAAAAGUAUCUGAGCGAGGCCUUGAUGUCGAGGACGGAGCUGAACAAGCGCGCGCUCGCGAGUGAGCGAGCCGCGUUUGCUCGCGACGAACAUGACACGGGGUCAAGCGAAGUACAAAUUGCCUCGCUGACCAUGCGAAUCAAGCACAUGACGGAGCACUUGCGUGAACAUAACAAGGACACGCACAGUCGUCGUGGGUUGAUGGCCAUGCUCGAGCGAAGGAAGAAACUUUUGAAGUAUCUUCGUCGCACGGAUGGCGAUAGGUACGCUGAUACGAUUUUACGACUUGGCUUGAAGGACCGUUCAUUCGUUGACGACAAGUAUGCGUGA